AUGGUGAGUUGCAGCCGGGCUAAGCAGAAGAAUAAGGCUCGUGUGCAAGCAGCUCGGAGGCGUGCGGCGAAAGCCUCAAAGCAACAACGUGCGAAUACCUCGACGGUUACAACCUACGGAGAUCUCCCUGAUGUGAUAUGGUUAGAUACUGCAGCUGCGGCGCUGAGUAAAUCUUCCGGGGUGCCGAUAAAUUCAUCCGAUUACAAGGACUCAGUCAAUGAAGAUACUCACGAUAGAGAUCUUGGGUUUAAUGUGCCGCCCCUACCCAUGACGCUGGUGAUGCAUCCUUCAAGGCGUCAAACAGCGCCGGCUGAAGGAGGCUGCAGACUGGAGUAUGCUACAGACACUUGUGCUCUUUCAGAGAGUGUGAUGGAAGAAGGCGACACUCGCCAAAAUGCCACAGAUACUUGUACACCUUCGGAUGGAGUGGGUGAAGGAACUUCAAAGAUACGAAGUGUACCUCCGGAUGGUGAGCAAGGUACAGAGACGGAUCAGAGUAGGAAGGACACGCCUUUGGAAAACUCUGCCACUUAUGCAACCACCGGUGACGUACACCAUGGUGGCGACCCGAAUGGUGAACCACUUCAGCUUGCGAAUUAUCGGGUCACGGAGAGCGCGACUACUGUUGCCACUUGUAGUGAGAUGAUACCGGGAGAAACACUUGAGUCUACGCUGGUGGAUGCAUUUGAAGCUAUGGGAACACAUGCGAUCGAGGACGCACAACAAACCAUUGCGGUCGAUGAGGAUAUAUUGUUGACUACCACGCAGCCGCAGCAGAAACGGAAGAAGAAGAAAAAGAAAAGAAAAUUAAAGACAGCCGCCACUAGGGAUGGUACAAGUGCACCCUGUGAGUCGACCGAGGGUCUAUCAAUCAGUAACAUAAAGUGUGAUCGCCCUGAGGAGAUACCGACAGUCAAGGAGGUACACAGGGGACAGAGUAUGGUACAUUCAUCCGCAUCAGGGACUUCAGUGGAGAUACCCACCUUACCACAACGACCUCGCCCGUAUUCAAAACCGGUGGCACAACACCGCCAGACAUCUCACAAGCUACGGCGAGAGAGUCUCGAGUCGGCGGUUAGACACGAUCUUGAGAGUGUCACGGGGGAUGACGCGUCGGCUUCUACGGGAGCUGGCACUAUACCGUCAGACAAGCAGAAGGAACAUUCACUGCAAUCUACGACGGUAUGUAAUGAGACAGAUUCAGAUGCUUCUGCGCCGAACAUAUACCGUCCAAAUGAGGGUGUCGCAGACGAGACAGGUGUGAUGAGUGAACAGGGCGAGUGUAUCACGCAGGCAAAGGGUGAAGUAGAUCAGCUCUCUCAUGAUUUACGCACACUAACGGGCUCAGCCCACACAUCAUGCGACUCGGAUGGGUUGGAUGUGACGGAGUCGAACCGUGCAAGUGAUGAGGAUAGUGUAUACCAAGAUGAAGAGAUGAUGGACGCAUAUAUGCUCGAUGAGGGGGAUGGUAGUCCGAUACUGCCUGUACAUGAAAUUGAAUCACGAACAUCUGGUGCAGACAGACAGCAACCUUCAGUCGAUAUUGUGCACGACGAUGAGAGUGCAAGCUCUGCAGAAGAGAAUGAGCUGCAGGAUGAACUUGUUGAGUGCGGUGAUCGGGUGGGAAAGGAUGGUAGGCAGUUGAGCAACCCAGCCACCACCUUAGCUACACCCGAACUGUACAAAGAGGGGUCUAGUGCACAUACUGUUGUCGCCUGUGAUGUGGUGGAUGAGGUUGCACCCAUUGGUCGUUUGGAGGCGGCUGUGAGCCAGCAGUGUGACAUGGAGUGCGACGAGACAAAUCCCGGGCAUGUAGAGCACUACGAUACGGCAAGGUCGUAUGUCCCACAGGUCCAACAUGCCACCUCAGAGAAGUACUGUGCAGCAAAGGAUCACAGCCCAUCGGUACAAGGCAUCCUAUCAGAUCGAUACAAUGCAGUCAGUGAGUGCAACACGCCAGUGCGUAGCCUGGCAGCUGAGCAAUACAUCACAGACCAAAACCUCAACUUACCGGGAGGUUACAAUGCACCAGAGAUUUAUAUUAGAACGGAUGCUUACGAUGUAAGUGAGCAUCACAACCCAGCGCCCAUGAGACUCAACCAAGGGUACGGGGUUGCACCUAGUGUGGGGCUCAUUUCUGAUAGAAUGCUUCCCGAAGACUAUUGCAGGGGUACACAUGCCGGUGCUAACCGUAGCCAG